CUGUGUUUGUCUGUCACUAGGUUUUUAAUAUGAGCUCAGAAGUUGCGUUGUUACUAGAGACGGUUAAUUUCGCCGCAGACAAACACCGCAAUCAGCGGCGGAAAGAUGCAGAAGCAACGCCGUAUAUAAAUCACCCGAUUGGAGUGGCGAGAAUACUCAGCCACGAAGGAGGAAUCACAGACAUCAAUGUUUUGCAAGCCGCUCUGCUCCACGACACCGUGGAGGACACCGACACCACUCCUGCAGAGCUCGAAUCAAAGUUUGGGCCAGUUGUGGCUCGUAUAGUUCAGGAAGUGACGGAUGACAAGAGCCUUCCCAAACAGGAGAGGAAGCGUCAGCAGGUGGUGCACGCGCCUCACUGCAGCCGAGAAGCCAAGCUGGUCAAACUGGCUGAUAAACUGUACAACCUGAGGGACCUGAAUCGCUGCACACCCGUUGGUUGGACAGCAGAGCGAGUGCAAGAGUAUUUCAUUUGGGCCUGUGAGGUGGUGAAAGGCCUGAAAGGAACAAACGCUGCUCUGGAGGAGAAGCUGGAGGAGCUGCUCAGACAGAGAGGAGUUCAACUCUGACAACAUGACUCAAUCGGUUUAUUCUGAUUAAAUAUUAUAAGGAGGUUCUGUUAAUGUUUUUCCCCUUGAUUGUACUUCAGUUUGAAACUAUCACCUGGCAAUAAAGUUGUUUAAAUAUUGAA